UUAUCUAGACCAAGAUGAAUAUAAUAUGUGGUCUCGGAAAUAUAGGGUGAUCCCCGCUCCCGAUGUGGGCCUCACGUGCAAUUUACUAUUCACGUACUAGUAAUAACAAAAAUUUACAACCUCGUAAAUUCAUUAACCAUUUUAUAAGGUUCAAUACAUGAUUUACAUAAAAGUAAAUAUAAUUGGGGACAGUGUUACAAUUUAACCCCCUUAUUUGGGAUUUCAUCCCCGAAAUCCCCGUGUCUAGUAAAAAAGAAACGGGUAUUGCUCCCUCAUUGAGACCUCGGUCUCCCAUGUUUCUUCCUUGACUCGAUCACUCCUCCAUAUAACCUUUACCAUCGGAAUCUCCUUGUCCCUUAAUUUAUUUACUUGUUGACCAACAAUCUUCACCGGUUCCACUGCAUAUUGCAAGUCCUCACGGAUCUCUACCGGUGGUUUCUCAAGAAUAUGAGACGAAACUCGUACAUAUUUCUUGAGCAUGGAUACAUGAAACACGUCAUGUAUCUUCUCGAGUUCAGGUGGCAACUUGAGCCGGUAAGCCACGGCUCCAAUCCUUUUAAGGAUCUCAAACGGACCAAUGUAUCGGGGGUUAAGCUUACCCCUCGACAUGAAUCGGAUGAUACCUUUUGAAGGAGAAAUCCUUAGAAAUACCUCAUCACCAACUUCAAACUCUAACGGUCUACUCCGUUUAUCGACAUAGCUCUUCUGCCGAUCUUGGGCAGCCUUAAGUCUAUCCCGAAUGAUUUUCACCUUAGCCUUGGUGAUCUCAACAAGUUCUAUACCUUCGAACUUGGCCUCGCCAACCUCGCCCCAACACAAUGGUGUUCUGCAUUUCCUUCUAUACAAUGCCUCGUAUGGAGGCACACCAAUACUUGCCUAAUAACUGUUGUUAUAGGCAAACUCUACUAGAGCCAAAUGUAUGUCCCAACUACCUUAGAACUCCAGAACACAUGCCCUAAGCAUGUCUUCCAAAAUCUGUAUCACUCUCUCAGAUUGUCCAUCCAUCUGUGGGUGAAAUGAUGUGCUAAACUUCAGUUUAGUUCCCAAAGAUGCUUGAAACUUUAGACAAAAUCUAGAUGUGAACCGUGGAUCUCUAUCCGACACAAUGGAUAUCGGGACUCCAUGCAAUCUCACAAUCUCUUCAGUGUAUAACUUGGUCAAUCUUUCAAGAGGAUAAGUAAUGUUGAUAUGUAAGAAAUGUGCACUCUUAGUAAGCCUAUCAACCACCACCCACACCGCAUCGUAAUUAUUCACCGUCGAUGGUAAUCCUACCACAAAGUCCAUGAUCACAUGUUCCCACUUCCAUUGUGGAAUGAUAAGUCGCUGCAAAAGCCCCGUCGGGUGCUGAUGCUCCGCCUUAACUUGCUGACAAGUAAGGCAUCGACUCACAUACUCUACGAUGUCCGUCUUCAUACCUGACCACCAAUAACUUUCCUUCAGAUCUCGGUACAUCUUUGUACCUCCUGGAUGCAUAACAUAGGCCAAAGAAUGAGCCUCCUCUAGUAUGGACUUUUGGAGCUCUUCAUUCUUCGGUAUACAUACACAAUCUCUAAACAAUAAGAGACCAUCUUCUCGUACUCGAAAGUCCUCAACAGGCCCCACAAGGAUCCGUUCACGGAUCUUUUGACAUUCUUCGUCAAUCACCUGACAUCUGUUGAUCUCAUCAAGCAAAGUAGAUCUAACUUCAAAUCUCACUAUGAGGAUUGAGGGCCCUGCUCGUGGUCGCUUCCACAUGCGCCCUCAAUGUCUGUAGGCAUGUGAGUAACAUCUCCAACGUACUCUUCCUGCACAGUGCAUCGGCCACCACAUUGGCCUUACUGGGAUGAUAGUCGAUGCUCAAGUCGUAGUCCUUGAUCAACUCCAUCCAUCUCUUUUGCCUCAUAUUAAACUCUUUCUGAGUGAAUACAUACUUUAAGCUCUUAUGAUCGGUGUAGAUGUGACAUGUCUCCCCGUAGAGAUAAUGCCUCCAAAUCUUUAGUGCAAACACUACCACCCCCAACUUUAGGUCAUGGGUAGGGUAGUUCACCUCGUGUUUCCUCAAUUUCCUAGAACCGUAGACAAUCACCUUACCGUUUUGCAUUAGCACACAUCCAAGUCCUUGGAUACUAGUAUCACUAUAGAUAUCAUACCCUAUACCUUGUACGGGUAGAGUGAGAACUGGUGCAUCAGUAAGUCGUUUCUUUAACUAAAGAAACAUCUUCUCACACUUGUCGUCCCAUACGAACUUACCCUCCUUCUUCAGUGACGUCAACACGGAGAACUUUUCAAACAAACUUAGGAUAGUAACCUGGUAAGCCAAGGUAAGAGAGAGACUCCUCCUUCCCUCUAAAAAUCCAACGUCUUCCUAAAAGGGAAAUGGAUUGCCGGCACCACCGUGAAAGCUGGAAAAAUCAUCUACAUCUACAAGGGCACCCACCUCGCUACUACAACUGGAACAGCGACGGGCAAAAGGGACUCUACUACGAUUGCAAAAGCGAAGGCCAAAACGCACAACACUGGUAUUUUUAUCCUCAAUCCAGUUUCUUGGAAAGCAGAGUCACGCCGCAGUAUUUGACUCCACCCAAAACAGGUAAUUUCAAUUGCAGAUGUAUUGCUUCGAAUAACCCAACUUACAGGAUGCGAACACCUGUGUAUGAGCUCAGGAGUUACGGACAUGAGCUUAGGUAUCCCUGUGCCCGUAAUUCAUUUGAAAAGAAACGACUCCCAAUCAAAACAUGGCAAAACCAACAUCAACGCCGACAGGUAGCUCUCCAGCGAGAACAAAUUAGCCCCAAAUUGGUGAAACGGACGAGGGCUGGCAUAUGGUCAGGUAUAGGGGACGGCGCCACCCCCACCAUCUACGUAGCUACUCAUAAAACAAUCAGGUAGCAACUAAUAGUAAUCUUUACUAUCUGUUACAACCUGAAUUCAAUUUCGAAUCAGGUAUCAAGCCUGAUUUCAACAAAAACAAACGAAUUCAAGACACAAAUAGAAACGAGAGAGGAAUUUCAGGCGACUGCUGCUACUAUGAAAAGCCAACGUCUGACUGCGGACGAAGCCGGACAUCUCCUACGCAGCCCAAAUUGAGAGGUACGGAUGCUACCGAUGUUCAAUUCGUGACAUCGGAAAGUACAGGGUUCAGUCUGCAGGGGGCCGUCGGAAAGGGCACAGCCGGACUGGUAGAGGUUAUGCCGGCGAGUACUGCGCAGGUUCAUAGUGAAACACCAAGCAAACGAUCGUCCAAUACUGUUCACGACGAAGCAGAAGCUAGGGCGGACAUCCACGGAACGAAGAUCCAAUCUGUGGCUAAGCAGGGUCCCGCAAUCAAUAAUCAGGCUGAUAGGUUGUUAGGAGGCGUGGAGACCAUUCUGUCUGGCCAUGUGCGAAGGCUCACAUGGGCUGAAAUUUUGAGGUGCGAAGAGGACAAAUGCGGAGACAUAGCUAGCACCUCUAGAAUCCUGGGCCCAUCUUUAUCUUCUCAAGAUAAAGAUAACCAUUUAAUUAUCAGACACAAAUUUUAUGGCUCACAAAGAUACAAUUGUCCCUUUUCAAGCCACUGCGGAUGACUUUUCCAAGGAAUCUGAACAGUUCCAUUUUUUUGGAGAGGAGGGUUUUGAUUCAGUCAAAAUUGAUUCUAAACUCUACAGAUUUGCGGGCAGAGAUAAUGACAUUGAAAUUUUUGAGAUGAAAAAUUCCUCGCUUAGAAGGAUUAAUUUCAAAUCAGAUCUUGCUCCACAGAUCUACCGUUUUAUACACCAAAUCACAGACUCAACUAAUGUUAACGACAGGCAGAGAAGAAAAAUCGAACCUAUCACGAUCUCUACUGAAUGCAACAAAUCAUGCUCUUAUCCGAAAAUUGCUAAGGAAAAUGGGACCUCCAUUUUAGUCCCUAUGGGCCUAAGAAAAUCCAACCUCCAUGAUUUUUUGACAUUAUUUUCUAAUUUUGUCGAAUUAUCUAUUUUACGGCAGGAGGAAGUCAAGUUUUGGGAACAUGAAAAUACGGGUGAAUCAGAGGAAAUCACCAUAUCUAAACUAAUUUUUAACUAUGAAGUUCAGAGAGCCUUUGGCGAGACUCAACAACUCCUCACAUUUGAGAAACACCCACAAAAUCCAAUCCUCCAGGCUUACUCUGAUGCCUCCGAUAGCUAUGAUCAUUCAGAUGAAUCUUUUUUUUCAGACGAUUUUCUAGGACAUGCGAUCGAAAGCGAUCGGCGUCCCCCUUUAUCAAAGAAAGAAGAAAUUAAGAGGUCCAAAUUCAAUAGAACGAUUUACCAUAAAUCACAACUGGUCACCUCCGAAAACUUCUUGCCAACAGAAAACCUGAACACGCAAAUCAAACUCUACAGGAAAUCUCAAAAGAAUAAAAGGCGUCAUAGCAUGACGACCAGAUCCCAAACCAGAUAUUCCCCUUGGGUCUAGUUUUUGUCUUUACUUUUUAUUUCUUUUCUGUACUUUUUUCCCUUUAUUUAUGUUUUUGUACUGUAUUAUUCUUAUUUUAUGAAUAAAGUUGUUUCUUUCUUAAAAAAAAACCUGGUAAACCAAGGAAAUUACGUAUCUCUUUCACAUUCUUGGGUUGUUCCCAAUCCAUGAUAGCUCCUAUCUUUGCAUUGUCCACCGCAAUGCCCGAUCUAGAUAUGACAUACCCGAGAAAGCCAAUCUCUUUGAGCCAAAAUUCACAUUUGGAGAAUUUGGCAAGGACUUGCUUCUCUCUUAGCCUUUCAAGCACACGCCUAAAGUGAUGCUCAUGUUCUUCUUUAUUCUUCGAGUAUAUUAAGAUGUCAUCAAUGAAUACAAUCACAAACUGAUUUAAGUACUUACUAAACACACGAUUCAUCAAGUCCAUAAAUGACGUCGGUGCAUUGGUUAAACCAAAUGACAUCACAAGGAACUCGUAGUGACCAUAUCUAGUGCGGAAUGCACUCUUUGGUAUGUCAUUGUCCUUGAUCUUCAAUUGAUGAUAUCCCGACCUCAAACCGAUCUUUGAGAACACAAUCGCCCCUCGAAGUUGAUCAAACAAGUCAUCAAUCCUCGGUAAGGGAUACUUAUUCUUGAUUGUGACUUUGUUCAACUGUCGGUAGUCAAUACACAUUCUUAGUGUACCAUAUUUCUUUUUCACGAAUAAUACCGGUGCUCCCCACGGUGAAUGACUAGGUCUAAUGAUCCCGUUGUCCAAUAGUUCUUGUAAUUGGACCUUCAACUCUUAAAGUUCCGCCGGUGCCAUUCGAUAAGGAGGAAUCGAGAUGGGCUUGAUCCCCGACUCUACUUCGAUCACGAACUCAAUGUCCCUAUCGGGUGGAAGCCCUGGUAGGUCCUUGGGAAAUACGUAUGGGUACUUGUACACGACUCGUACAUCAUUGAUGUCCACUUCUUUAUCUGUCUCAUCCACCAUGUAAGCAAGGUACGUGUGUCAUCAUUUCUUCAUCAUCUUCCGUGCUCUCAUCACGGAUAUGAUACAACCAUUAGAUCGUCCCUGAUCUCCCUCGAAUCGUAAUGUGUUUCCCUCAUCAUCCUCGAGUUCAAAAACUUUCGUGUAACAAUCAACUCGAGCAUGAUUCUUCUCAAGCCAAUCCAUCCUUAGGAUUGCAUCGACUCCAACAUACUUAGAGGUAGGAAAUCACAAGUCGAAGGUUGACCCAUCACUUCUACCUUACAUGAUGGAUGGUAAUGGUUCCUCUCAACGUCAUCUCCUAACGGUGUGGAGACUAACAAAGUUUGUGUCAUCGGUGUCAAUGGCACGUCAAGACUUUCGGCGAAUGCUUCACGUUGCGCCCCGGUAUCAAUGAGAAUUCUUGCGUUUGUUCCAUUGUUAAGUAGUGUUCCUACAUUUAUAUAUGAUGCAAGACACUCUACUCGAAGUACCGGAUCGAAAUCAGGCUAAACGAACACUUUCAGGUCAAAAAACGCACCAAAUCAGCGCUGGUUUUGGGCUGGACCGACGCCGGUUCACCCUUGGAAUGCUGGAUUGCCC